CGAAGAAAUAGCGAAUCGGGCUUAAUUAAAGCACGAUGUAAACGAAACAUCGCGUAUCUAACGUUGACCAAAUUGGAAGAUAUUUCUCCGAUUCGUCAACGAUUCGUCCGUUUUAAUGACAUUGGAAAAUCUAUUUUCAGGGAACAAUACCUUUUCAACGUAUUCGAGGUAAUAGUUUCGACUUUGGAAUCGAAAUUGCAACGAAUCGAAAAUUUGGACAAAGCUGUGGAACAUUUAAUGAGAAGAGUGGAAGCUUUGGAUUCGCGCGUAAACGAUAACAUCGAUAAAACCGAUGCCGUAAUCACGAAACUGCGAACGUUGGAUCUGAAAUUGUUCAACGCUCAUUCGAGCUUCUUUCCCGCGGAAUCUGCGUACGGAACGAAAACGACGGACAACAAGAACGGUAGCAUAAUUAAAAGCGGUUCGACGAGCCAGGCGAUAAAUCAUCAUGGAGAAGACACGGAAGCAUCGGAAACGCUCGGCGAAAAAUUAUUGUCACUCGAUCAAAAAGUUUCGGACAUAGAUAAUAAACUGAUCGAUUUAAAAAACCAGUUGGACAAUAAUUUUCUACAAAACGAUGACAUAAACGCCGAAGCUAGCGAAAAGAAACCAAUUAGCAUGAGCGUAAUCGAAAUCACGAAAGCGAUGAGCAACGAAGUUAUAAACCACGUAUCGAUCGAGAUAGAGAACUUACGACAAGCUACGACGAAUAUAGACAGGAAAUUGCAGUUCCAUACGAAUUUGGUUAGCGAUCGUUUGGGAGCGAUACAAAACAUGGUGACGGACGUGCAGGACGCGAUACUCGUGGGAGCGAGCGGUCCGCACGUAUUUAACGCGACAUCAAGCAUCGAAAGAUCACCGAGACAAAGUAAAAUCGAUCGACUCGUUCAACAAAUGUAUCCGAUGAUGACGGUAUCGAACAAAAUUGAUCAGAUGUGGAACGUCGUGAUCGGUACGAAAAGUUCGGUGGACAACCUUUUACCGAAAUCGGAAGAAUUGCUGACGCAAACGCAAAGACAGGAAAGAGCAAUCAACGAAAUUCACGAGGACUUGAAAUUAAAAACCAACAAGAUCAUCGAGAACCUGGAAGACGUCGAGAAUAGAUUGCGAAAACAGGGGGACGAUGUCUCGGUUAGCAUCGGUCAACGUCCUAUUCCCGCAGAACUAUUACUCGAUCCGACGAUCGAUCGACUGGUGGAAUACGAUUCGAGUAGAUACAUCGGGUUAUCCGAAGAGACGACAACCGAAACGAACGCUUCGCCGAUAACACCGACUACCAUUGUUUCUUCGUCCGUUUCCAUGUCGAUGUCGUCGUCGACGUCUUCGAAUACCGUGCCGUCGAACAGCUUAAACGGUUCGUAUACCAGCAUCGCCGGUGGUUCGAACAAUUCGAUGAACGCAACCGUCGCACCUGGAAUAAACGGAUCGUCUUCCAGUACGCAACGAUCUUCGGCAAAGAAUCGUGGCGUUAUAUUUCCGAGUGUUAAAAACAAACCAAGUCCGGCAAAUUCAACGUUUACUACCGACGCAUUUCUGAGUUACAAGGAUGUUAAGGGGUACUCCUGUGUCGAUUUAAUGAACGCGGGUAUGCGAGACAGCGGAGUGUAUUACCUUCAGAUACGCGGGACAACGUACUGGUUUCUGAAAGUUUACUGCGAACAAGAUAUAGCGGAAGGAGGUUGGACGGUAAUUCAAAGGCGAGACGAUUUUGGAGAACCAAGGGAAAAUUUCAACCGAGAUUGGGCAGAUUACAAGAACGGAUUCGGGGAUCCUGCUAGAGAAUUUUGGCUCGGCAAUGAAAAUAUAUAUAUGUUAACGAAUAACGAAGAUUACAUGCUGAGAGUGGAAUUGGAAGAUUUUGAAGGUAACAAAAGGUACGCGCAAUAUUCUCAUUUCAAAAUCUAUUCGGAAGGCGAAUACUAUAAAUUAGAAAUCGAUGGGUACGAUGGAAAUGCCGGUGAUUCGUUGAACGAUCCCUGGUACGGUUCGAACAAUAGUCCGUUUUCGACUUACAACAGGGACAACGACAGAUCAUCGUUGAAUUGCGCUUCCAUGCUGAAAGGUGGAUGGUGGUGGAAAUCGUGCGGUCGCGGAUUAAACGGUCUUUACCUGAACGAUCCUCAAGAUUUAACCGCCCGGCAAGGUAUCGUGUGGUUUCGGUGGAGAGGUUGGGAUUACACUUUAAGACGCGCGACGAUGAUGAUCAAACCGAAAGGACCUACAACGUCUCCGUAAAAAGAGUAAAAGGCAAUUAGUAUGGUUACGUACGCGUGGAAUAGUUUUUAUAGGAACGUUGGCUGUGCCGAUGGCCGAAAUUAGGAACGGUGCUAUCUUGGUCUGUGUUCGAGAGAUACUUUACCUUAUAUUUAUUUCCUUGGUCCAUCCGUUACGAUCGUUUCAUCCCGUAACACGUAGCUUAGGAUAGUCCGGCAGACGAAUGUAUAUAAAAGAUGAAAUAACGUAAUUAAAUGACUAAAUAAAAUAAUUGGAAUAAACAGUA